UUGGGGUCCCGCCCCUGAGAGGAGGGCAAGGCCAUGGUAAAAGAUUACAGCUAGGCGCUCCCGAGGUCAGAGGCUUAAGUCUAAGGCACUGAGCGUAUCAUGUUGAAGAUGAGCGGGUGGCAGCGACAGAGCCAAAAUCAGAGCUGGAACCUGAGGAGAGAGUGUUCAAGAAGGAAGUGUAUCUUCAUACAUCACCACACCUGAAAGCAGGUAAACUUAACCUACCCUUUCCCAAAACCAAGUCCUAAGAGAUGCUGCUUAGCCUCCUUUUGCUGAGACCCUAAGAGAUUAUGAAAAGACCUAGAGAAGGUGGGAAAGGAGGGUUUGAAUCUGAGCAAGCUUUUGCUAUCAGGCUGUCUAUUCUCCUGGCUUGUUCCUACAAGGUGAGCAAACCACUUUUCUUAAAGAAUGUCCUAAUGGAAAGAUGGUCCUCAAAGAAAGCCCCAACAAAGACAACUGGUUUGCCUUACCAGUCUUCAGUCAGGGUUAAACUUUCACUAGUCUUCAGUCCCACUUGCAAACUCUAUUGAUAGUUUCCAGGAGCAAUUACCAGGUCAUUUGUGCUCCCUUCUCCUGUGUGGGGAGCUCAGGGAAAUAGUCCUUCAGCUCAGCCUAACCUUGAUGGGGACAGGAAUUUGACUAGUCCUCCAGAUCCCCUAAGCAUGGAUAUCCAGGCACUUUGCUUCUUCAAGUCCUGGGCAAAAGCAAGGAGGGAAUAUUAAUAUAAACUAGGAGUUGAUAAAUUUUAAAGGGCAGGAUAAUAAAUAUUUUAGAUGUUAAGAGCCCUAUGGUCUCUAGCGUGACUCUUCAUCUCUGCCACUGUAGCACCAAAGCAGCCAUAAACAGUAUGUAAAUAAACAGAUGUGGCUGUAUUCCAAUACAACUUUACCUACAAAAACAGGCAUCAGACCAGCUUGCCAACCUGUGGCAUAGACUGUUUGCUACAUGGAGCUUGUUCCAGCCACUCCCCAUUACCCUGCAAAUGUGCUUUUCCAGACUGAUCCAACUGCAGAGAUGGCAGCUGAGUCAUUGCCUUUCUCCUUCGGGACACUGUCCAGCUGGGAGCUGGAAGCCUGGUAUGAGGACCUGCAAGAGGUCCUGUCUUCAGACGAAAAUGGGGGUACCUAUGUCUCACCUCCUGGAAAUGAAGAGGAAGAAUCAAAAACCUUUACCACUCUUGACCCUGCUUCGCUGGCUUGGCUGACUGAGGAGGAGCCAGAACCAGCAGAGGUCACAACCACCUCCCAGAGCCCUCGCUCUCCAGAUUCCAGUCAGAGCUCCCUGGCUCAGGAGGAAGAGGAGGAAGACCAAGGGAGAACCAGGAAACGGAAACAGAGUGGCCAUUCCCCAGCCCGGGCUGGAAAGCAGCGCAUGAAGGAGAAAGAACAGGAGAAUGAAAGGAAAGUGGCACAGCUAGCUGAAGAGAAUGAACGGCUCAAGCAGGAAAUCGAGCGCCUGACCAGGGAAGUAGAGGCGACUCGUCGAGCUCUGAUCGACCGAAUGGUGAAUCUGCACCAAGCAUGAACAAUUGGGGAGCAUCAGUACUCCACUUGGGCCACACUACCCACCUUUCCCACAAGUGGCUACUGACCACCCUCUCACUAGUGCCAAUGAUGUGACCCUCAAUCCCACAUAUUCAGGGGGAAGGCUUGGAGUAGACAAAAGGAAAGGGUCUCAGCUUGUAUAUAGAGAUUGUACAUUUAUUUAUUACUGUCCAUAUCUAUAUAUAUUAAAGUGACUUUCUAUGAG